AAUAUUUCGUAAUCGUCAUCUCUCUACUACAUACAGCUUCUUCAUUGAUUCUUUUUCUUCUUUUUAAGCUCCGCGGUACCUGCAUAUCCUGCACAUUAUCAACCCGUUUUUUUGCCACCAGUCCAAUCCAGAUCAUACAUACAUACAUGGAGCUUGCAACUUCUCACCGCCAACACAAACACCAGAAGCUGCUGCAGCUGCAUUGAUAUCAUCCAUCACCACCAUAUAUAUAUCCAUCCACUUUAUAAAAAAAAAAAAAAGAAAAAAAAAUGGACGUCCUCUUCUCCCUCCCCAUAUUCACAUACUUCCUCGGCCCAGCCCUCACCUCCUGGUCCACCUCCCUCAACCUCCUCUUCUUCUACAUGACCUGGUCCACCCUCGUGCUCUCCCAGCCGCCCAUCGUCGUCCACAUCUUCGGCAUCCUCGCCAUCCGAAUAGUCUUCUUCCUCGUGCCCUCGCUCGCCACCCUCCUCUUCGACGUCUCGCUGCCCAGCCUCGCCGAGACCAUCAAGCACGGCGGCCGCUCCGCCCUGCCGCCCCGCGACGCAGCAUCCCUCGCCAAGCUCCUCGGCCUGGUGCUCCUCAACCUCGCCAUCGUCACCGCCAUCGAAGGCGGGCUCAGCUUCGCCUUCAUCCUCGUCUUCCACGAGCCCGUCUUCAAAACAACCACCACGCUGCCCCUCCCGUGGGGCAUCUUCAAGCACGUCCUCGUCCUGCUCUCGGCGCGCGAGACGCUCCUCUACUACAUCCACCGCUUCGUCCUGCACAACGGCAAAUCCUACCGCUGGCUGUCCAGGCGCCACCAGAGCUACGCCCACGCAAAGGCCGGCGCGCCCUUCAGCCUCCGCCUCAUGGCCGACCAUCCGCUGCCGCUGCUCUGCUACCGCUUCCUGCCGCUCUAUCUCUCGGCGGUCCUGCUGCGGCCGCACAUCCUCACGUACUUCCUCGUCCUGACCAUCUGCACCGUCGAGGAGACCCUCGCCAUGUCGGGCUACACCAUCGUCCCGGGCAUCAUCAUGGGCGGGGUUGUUCAGCGCUCGGCCAUCCACUACGCAGGGAAAGGAACGUCCAAUUACGGCUCGUGGGGCAUGCUGGACUGGGUCAGCGGGACGAGCAAGGGAAGGGACGUGCUUGACGAUGUGAAGAAGGAGGCGGAGAAGCAUCGCGUAAAAGAACGGUCUUCUAAGAGGAUUGACCAGGGCGUGAAUGCGGUGAGGGAGGGGGUCAAGACGCGGAGAAGCAGCAGGAAAAAGUCAUCGCAGUGAGGCUAAUUGGAACUCUAAUUCCUCGGUUCUGGGUAGUUUUGUAUUCCUUUUUUUUUCCUUUUUGGUUUUGGGAAUAAAGCAGUAUUGAUACCAUCAUGAUAGUGAUGAAUUAUGAUAUUAGUGCAGUCAUCCUUUUCGUUUGUAUUUAUACUAGGUCGUCCAUGCAAUGAAGUUCAAAAGAAAUG